UGGCGCUCGGUUAGAGUGCUGACGAAAUAUACGAACUUUCGAGAAAAACGGGGAGGGUAAACUCUGGUCUUUUGCACGAGGAGGUUACACAACGUGUGCAAGUGUGCUUGCCGGUAAGAGAUAUCAGACUAAAAGCAAGAAAUAAUCAAAGUAACAUGGCCGCUAGUGUUGCUGCUAAUGCCGUUAAGAGGCUCAUUCCCUUGUUUGAUAGAGUUUUGAUAAAAAGAGCAGAAGUUGUAACAAAAACGAAAGGAGGAAUUGUUCUUCCUGAAAAAGCGCAGGCUAAAGUAUUACAAGGAACUGUUGUGGCUAUAGGACCUGGCUCUCGAAAUAAUAAAGGUGAACACGUGCCCUUAAGUAUUAAGGUUGGUGAUACCGUACUGCUGCCCGAAUAUGGUGGUACAAAAGUUGAACUUGAAGACAACAAGGAAUAUCAUUUAUUCCGUGAAUCCGAUAUUUUAGCGAAAUUAGAAGUUUGAAUCUCUACUAAAGUAUAGAGUAUAACACAACACAUUUUUGUAAGUUCUAAAUAAACAUCAUUUGAAAAAUCUUCAAGAAUAUAUGCAAAAUAAAUAUAAGUGAUGCGUGAAAGAAAAGAUUGUUAAUAUUUACAUUUUCUUUGUAAAACAAUUGUUAAGAUAAGUUUCAUUUUUUCGUACAUAUAACAAAUAAAAUUAAACUGUUUAUUUGUUUCUCAUAAAGACACAUGAACAUUAUCCUAAUUCAAUGUAAUAAGUCUGAUAAUGAAUAUGAUAGAAUUAUAUUGUAACGUUAUAUACAAUAAUAGAUUUCAUUAAUUCAAUUAUAUUAUUAAUUAAAGCAUGUACUUAUUAUGUA